CUCACCAAUAAAUCAUUCCGUUCCAUUAAUUUUUUCCGAUUUUUUGCCGCUCUCCCGGGAAGCUCUUGUAACAUCGUUAAGAAUAACUGCAGUCAGACCAUUAUCACAACUAGUGCAAGAUAAGCAUUGAUGGAGCCGAAAAAGGUGGCUAUACGACCAGCAAUAGACGACAGUACGUUUGAGGCAUUGGAGAAAGAAUAUAACGAAGUUGUUGGCGAACUAGAAGAGAACAAGGAAAUGGAAAGGUUUAAGGAUGAAUACGGAAAGUUAAUGCGAGCACUGCUUAAGUCCCAUGAAAAUGAGAAACGUCUGAUGAGAAAAUGCAGAGAACUUAAAGCCGAAAUAGUUUCGAACACUGCCAAAGUGUCCCAAGCAGCAAAACUAUCCAGUGAUGAUCCAGCAAACAUGGCAUCUCUUAAGAAAGAGAUUGAGAAAGCAUGGAAAAUGGUUGACGUUUCUGCUGAUAAAGAAACUAAGGCGCGGGAAACCAUUGACAAGUUAAAAUCAGAAAUUGCUCACUUAAGCAGACUCGUCGAACAAGGAGGAACCGCUAAUGGAGCAGAGAGUCUAGCUGAGUUUACUAAGACAAAGGAGAAAUUGAUCAAAGAGCGGGAUGAACAACAGGAAGAAAACAGUCAUUUACGAGAGCAAAUUGAAGAGACCCGUAAUCGAACAGCCGGUUACCAGGAUGAGAUUUUUGAAGCUCAGGCCAAAAUUGCGGAGCUAAACCAAGAGAUACAGGCCAAAAAUACUGAAGCGCAAAGAGAGCUUCGAAGAAAGGAACGAAUGGAACGGGAGCUGAAACAAGUGCGUGCGGAAGUCGAGGCCAAGGUGGAGGAGAUUCGGCUGACAUCUGUCGCAGUGGACAAGCUGAAACAGGAGUUGCGUCAGAAGGAGGAGGAUAACCGAAAUACCAAGGUUUCGCUGGAACAAGCCAACCGUCAGCUACAAGUGACAGAGACGAAGCUGAAGGAUUGUCAGACGAAGCUUGAGCAGCAAAUGCAAGUUACCGAUUCGGUUAUGGUCGAAAAUCACGGCAGGCUGUUGGAAGUAAAGCAACUCGAAGAAGAAGUGAAUGCUCUGCGAGCAGAAUGUAGCAAAGUGAUGAAACAGAAAGAGGCAGCUCAAAAGAAGUUGCGUCAGAGCGAAGAGGAGAAAGCCACUCUACAAAGUACUCGAGAUCGGCUUCGCAGUGAAGUACAGGCCUAUGAGAAUGAGAUGGACGCUAUGCGGAAGGCGCAGGAAGCCGAUCGCAGAGCCUGUGACGAAUUGGCGAAAGAGAAGGAACAACUAAACAAAAGCCUGACCAAAGCAGUCGCCCAGACGAACAAGCAGACGAACCUGCUAAAAAUGCACGAAUUGUCGAAGCAAAAUUUGGAGCAAGAAAUUAUCAACUACAGAGACGAAGCACAAAAGCAGCGUAAAAUCAUAUAUAAGCUUGAACGGGAACGCGACCGCUACAUCACAGAUGCGUCUGAUUUGACACAGAAGGUGUUACAAAAUAUGGAUGAACUAAAGUAUCGUGAAAUGCAAAUUUUCGAAUAUAAAAAGCGCAUUGCGGAAGCUGAAACUAAACUAAAGCAGCAGCAAAACCUCUAUGAAGCUGUUCGCAGUGACAGGAAUUUGUACAGCAAAAACCUUAUCGAAGCUCAGGAUGAUAUCGCGGAAAUGAAACGUAAACUGAAAAUACUGUCUCACCAGGUCGAUCAGUUGAAAGACGAUAUAGCUACAAAAGAAGCAACCCUUGUCAAAGAAAACCUGGAACUACAGCGGGUGGAAAAAGAGAAAGAGCAGCUCACUAAAGAGCUGCAAAGAAUGAAAGUUCAGGCAGCGGAAAACCGCGCCUACAUAGAGGCGCAGGAGGCUGAGGAAGGUAAACUGUUGAAAAUAGUUGCCGAAGCAGAACAAGAGCGAAUACGCGAAAGAAAAGAACAUGAGCAAGUGAUAAGUGAACGCGAUGUGCUUGGUAACCAACUGGUGCGGCGCAACGAUGAGCUGGCGUUGUUAUACGAGAAAAUAAGGAUAGAGCAAUCCAUACUGCACAAAGGAGAACAGCAAUAUAACAAGCGGUUAAGUGAUCUGAACCUCUUGAAGCAAGAGGUGCGAAAAUUACGGAGAGAAAAGGCGAUAUUGCAGUCCACAGCUUCCAAAAUGGAGGACCUUAAAUCAGAGGUGCAUAGGGUCCAACGUGAAUUGGUCCGAGAACGAACCCGUGCAAAAGCGCUGGAGGAAGAACUGCAGAACCCUGUCAACGUCCACCGAUGGCGGAAGCUUGAGAUAUAUUAUUUCGAUGGAUGGCGGGAGUUUAGCUAUUUGCCAGAGGGCAGCGAUCCUUCUACCUAUGAAAUGAUUUUGAAAAUUCAAGCGCUGCAAAAACGACUCAUCAGCAAGACAGAGGAAGUUGUGGAAAAGGAAUUGCUCAUUCAAGAAAAAGAGAAGCUCUAUAUCGAACUGAAGCACAUUUUAGCUCGACAGCCGGGACCAGAAGUUGCUGAACAGAUGAACAUUUAUCAGACAAUGAUAAAGGAGAAGACAAAACAGAUCAAGUCUAUGGCUGCCGAAAUGAAUUUGUACGAGAACCAAAUCACGCAAUACAAAGGGGAACUUGAUAUGUUGAAUCGGGAGCUGCAGGAUUUGAAAAAGAAGUACUUUGCUCAGAAGAAAAAGCAACUAGACACCGAGCUAUUUGACAAUACCAACGCCGCCAACAAUAACCUACUCAAAACGCGAAGAAUCAAAGAGGAUCCGGUUAAAUUUACCGCCGGUGGCUUCAAAGUGACCAAAGUUAUAGCAUGAGAGAGCGAGUACUGCCUCACAAAUCGUAGAUCUUCCCUGUACUUCCUUGUGACUGCAAACGAUGACCAACAGAGAGCUUCUAUCUAAGUUGUCUGCUACAUAAUACAGAUUAUAUAUAGG